CUAAACUAUCAGAACUGUUUCACUCCUAGUCUUUCUCAACUACAAGGAGGUGAGCUUUAAAGGGACCGUUCACUUAUUUAGGUUUUAAGAUGAAAGUUUGGAUUGGAUUCAUACUUUCUCUUUCUUUAGUUUUGGUCUCAUCACAACAAAAACUUGGUCGAAAAGCAUCACUUAUUUGUGAUGAUGGGACAUCAGCUUCAUGUACAUGUACUACUCCCCCUUGUAAACCUGGUGGAAACCGUCCAACAUGUAUCUGUGCGGAUGGGUCAACUCCUCGUGUAAAACCACCCUGUGCAGAUGGGACCUUCCCUCUAUGCCCUGAAGCUUGCAAGGAUGGCUCGGAUGCUGUUCUGAACGGAAACUUUGAAGAACCACCCUGCGCUGACAGAUCCAAACCGAACUUUAAACAAUGUAAAUGUGAAGAUGGAACUGUAAUUCAUCAUAAAGGAGUUAAAAAGCACAAGGAAGUAAAAGUUGAAACUGAUGAUGAUGAUAAUGAUGAUGAUUAGAUGUUCUCUGAAAUAUAUAUUGAUAUGGAAUUAGUUCACACUGCUUUUUUGUAUUCAAAUCUGAUUAUAUAAUAGAUUUCUUUAUAUUUUUAUUGAAAAUAACAUGAUUUGAUUGUAUUUUGGUGAAAUAUAUAGAGUUUAAAUUAGGA